AUGUUAUCUGAUUCAACUAUUGAAAUGAAAAUAUUUAAUAAAGACGAAAUUGAUUUAUGUUUUGAUUAUAUAACAUCAGAUGUUAAUGAAAUUCAUCUAUUUGCCUCGAAUCCUCUAGGUACUACGUUUAUCCAAUCCAUUCAUGAUUAUCCACAAAUAAAAUCAAUUUAUAUAUAUUAUAAAGAUCAACAAUAUAGAAAUUAUUCAAAUACACUAACAAAAUUACAAGGUACUUUCGAUGAUAUAAAUGUGAUGUGGCAACAAUUUCAACAUGGUCGUAAUAUAUUUUAUAGUUAUUAUGAUGCUGAACAAAGUACAUUUAAAAAUAUCGGUUCAACAAGUGCUGAAACUCUUUGGUGGAUAGUUUUUCAUAAGAUUCUACAACAUAUCAAACAUACAGACAUUGCCAAGGAUGAAUUUAUCGAAUUUUGCCGAAAUUCUGUUGAAGGUAGCAGAUGCCAGUUAUACGAUAUACAACGCCUGAUCGAUUAUUACGAAUCUACUGUAGCUAUUCAUUGGUAUACCAGGGCUUCGUUUCUUUAUAAUUUAUUAAAUCAAACACUCCGAACAGAAAAAAACAUCAGCAAUAUAUUUAAACUCCGAUUAUUCAUUACAGAUCUUAUAUUAGAAUUAAGAAAACUCCAGUCAGAUCAACGUGACAUCGAUGAUCGUUCUUUCCUGGUGUAUCGGAGCCAAGAGAUGCCGAUAAAAGAGAUCCAACAACUCAAAUCUGCUAUUGGUAACUCAAUAAGAUGCAAUCAAUUUCUUUCGGCUUCUAUAGAUAGCCAGGUUGCGUUGAUGUUUGCUGAAUGUGUACGCCGUGAUCCCAAUAUAGAAAGUGUAGUAAUGACAAUUGAACUAGACUCCAACAAUAUUAAUAAUAAUACACCACCUUUUGCAAAGAUUUCUCAACAAAGUUAUUUUAAGGAGGAAGAAGAAGUUUUAUUAUCAAUGAAUUCAACACUAUUAGUUCAAUCUGUUGAAUUAGAUGAGAAUAAUAUUUGGAAUAUUCAUUUAAAACAUAUAGAUAAUCAAUGGGAUGUCGAGUUUGAUGAAAGAAGUAUUUUUAGUCACCACGGUGAACAAAUCUUUAUUCGACAUUUAUCGAAAGAAAAUAAACAAUUUAUUGCUUUUCAAUUAUUAUUGGAUUUUAUUCUGAGAUUAGAACAAACACCUUAUGCCAAACAGGAACUUUUAGAGUUUGCUCGGUCAAAAUAUGAAAAUAAACCAGCACAGUUAAAACAAAUCGAUGAUUUCGAAAGAAACUAUCGAUCCGAAGAUGCUGCUGAAUGGUUUUCAAAAGAUAGUUUUCUCUAUCGUUUAUUAAAUACAUCACUUCGUAUUGAAAUUAUUAAUGAUAUUGUUAAAAUGAGAUACUUUAUUAAUGAUUUACAUAAUCAAUUAGCUGAAUUACAGUUGUCUUUUAUUGAAUCAUUAAAUGGAGAAAAAGAAAUUAUUUUAUAUCGAGGUUUACCAAUGAAAGUCGCUCAACUUAAUGAAUUAAGAGAAAACUUUGACGGUUUAAUUUCAAUGAAUAGUUUUGUAUCAGCAACACAGAAUGAAAAUCUGGCGAUUGUAUUUUCUGGUGAUGGAGAACAAACAAUGCCACCAGAUGAAGUAUCAGUCAUCUUUGAAAUGUUAAUUAAUACUGAUAUUCGAUCAACACCAUAUGCAAAAAUUGAAAGUAUCAUGGAUAACGAAGAAGAAAUUUUAUUUUCAACGGGAUCAACAUUUCGUAUUGGAGAGAUUGAUGAAAUACGUUCACGAGUGUAUCGAGUGAAAUUAAGAAUGGUACAUAAAGAAGAUGAACUAUGGAAUAAAUUAACAGAACAUUUAGACUCUUAA